AAAAAAUAAAAUUCCCCCUAUUCUCCACAUCCCUCCCAAGAACUCAAGAAGCGCCGCCGCGUUCUCGUCAAACGUCGCCGCCGGCGCCGCCGCCACCUAAGUCUGACCUUCCGCGCCAUGGAGGAGAAGAGCCCCAAGAAGUUGCAGACCGACCCUCCUGCCAGCCUCACUGACGACCUUAUCGUGGAGAUCCUCUCCCGCCUCCCGGUCAGGCUCGUCCACCGCUGCAGGUGCGUCUCCAAGACCUGGCGCGACCUCAUCUCCCACCCGGACCAUCGGAAGAAGCUGCCCCAGACCCUCGCGGGCUUCUUCUAUGGGAGCUACCACAGCGGCCGCGUCCCCCGGUUCUCUCGCCAUUUCGCCGAUGUCUCCGCCGCCGGCCUACAUCUACCCGUCGACGCCUCCCUACCUUUCCUGCCCAAGUACAGCAACGUCGACCAGUUGGACACCUGCAAUGGCCUCGUACUCUGCCGAUGCUACAAGACACCUUCAGAGGAUGAAUUCGAUUACGUCGUCUGCAAUCCCGUCACCCAGAGAUGGUUAGAGCUGCCCCCUCACCCUACGCCUGAGGAACCGGAUAGCAUUACCAUCGUCCGUUUGGCUUUCAACCCGGCGGUCUCGUCCCAUUUCCAUGUUCUCCAGUUUGAAGAGACAGAUAAGGAAAUGCACAUCACAGGAGUGAACAUCUACUCGUCACAAAAAGGAGCCUGGAAUCAUAGGGACAGCGAGUGGGAUGCUCAUACUUUCCUGCCUUUCACAACUAGAAGCGUCUUUGUGAAUGGCAUGCUGCACUUGAUCACCGCUGAGCCUGCUCUGGUAACGGUGGACACAGAGGGGAAGUCGUGGGGCACUAUUCAUAUGCCACACAGUCUGUAUUACGGUUUCAUUGGAUUGUCGCGGGGGUUCUUGCAUUAUGUCACUAUGACCCCAGAUUCCAAGAUAUCAGUCUUGUGUCUUGAGGAUUAUGACAGUAAAGAAUGGGUCCUGAAGCUUACUGUCCGCACCGAAGAGCUGUUUGGAGGGACUGAACAGGCAGACACCAUGAUUGCGAUUCAUCCAUAUGGUGAUAUUAUUUUCCUUUCUUCAAGGGACACUGGUACACUGGCAUCAUAUGAUAUACGCCGACAGGAAUUUCGUCGUAUCUGUAAUCUUGAGGAAGGCUUUACAGGUCCAUAUCUGCCCUAUAUUCCUCUGUUUACAAAGUCAGUAGUAGAUGAGGACUAGUGUACCCUGAACAACAUUUGUGUUGUUCUGCUCUAUAUAUGUUUCCUUGUUCUCUAAGGGCUGUCUCUUCUGCUGAAUGAAAUAUUCUCCACAUGUAUAAUCUGAAUUUCUA